CUGUAAUCUUAGAAGAUUUUCAUUAGUGUGCGCGAGUAUACAUAAAUACAUAUAUUUACAUACAUAUAUUACGCUUGAUAUUUAAUAAAUAAUUUGAUAUCCGUGCGAAAUUGCACCUAAAUUGCGGUGUUAACUUAUUUGAUUGUGGUGGUUUAUUCGCUUAAAACUUUGGGAAAGUUAUAAUUUUCGAAGUGCUCUCGUAACUUAUUUUCAUUAGGAUCUUAAAAAUGGAAACAUUUAUCCGAUUAGCUGAUGUUGUGCCUGAGUUUGAGGCCGACUACAAUAGCAUGACUGAAACGGAGCACACAAAAUACACUCUUGCCAUCCAGCAAGAGGAACUGAAAGCCAUGUGGAGGAAAGCAAAGAUAGCGUACGAAGAGUAUUUGAGUUCAGGUGCGGUAGAAGCAAAAUCAGCCUCAGUGAAGGCUAAGUAUAAAAGUACCUAUUCUACUUAUCUGCGCUGCAUGUCGAACAUGGCAGAACUCCAUGCGAAGCUCGUCAAAAGUGACAAAGAUACCGAGGAUAUGUCGGCCAGAGAACACAACAUCCAUCUCCCACCGUGUGAUACGGAUGUGUUCAAAGGCGAUUAUCUCUCGUGGCCUACAUUCCGUGACAUGUUUACGGCCAUUUAUAUCAAUAAUAAGCGCCUCACUCCUGUAGAAAAGUUGUUUCAUUUGAACCAGAAAACUCAGGGGGAGGCCAAAGAGAUAGUUAGCAAAUGUGAUGUUACAAACGAGGGCUUCAAUACUGCAUGGAAAAACCUUUGUGAUAGGUUCGAGAAUAAACGCAUUCUAGUGAAUUCGCAGAUAAAGAUUCUUUUUAACCUAGAGUCAGUAGAAAGUGAGUGCGGUACUUCAUUAAAAAAGUUACAGCGAAAUAUUAAUAAUUGUUUAUCGGCUUUGCGAUGUCAUCAAAUUGACGUAUCCAAUUGGGACGCCAUCGUUACAUAUCUCUGCUCCACGAAAUUGCCAGAGAGUACGUUGGCUCUUUGGGAACAAACAAUUGAAAAUAAAACCGAAAUUGCCAAGUGGGAGGAUAUGGAUAAAUUCCUCUCUAAUAGGUUUCAAACACUUGAAACAAUAUCAGAUAUUAAAGCUGUAAAACACCCUCGAUUUUCAAAGCCCCAAAAUAGCAAAAACAAUGAAACUCAGAAAAGGCACGGGGCCUACCAAGCAAGCGUAGCCAAGAUUCUGUGCAAAUUUUGUAAAGGCAAUAAUCACAAACUGUCAAAAUGCCAAAAAUUUCUUAAAAUAACAACGGCAGACAGAAUCGCCUUCAUUAAAAAUAAUCAUGGUUGCUUGAAUUGCUUAUCUUCUGGACAUACUGUGACUAGGUGUACAUGCUCAUUUAAUUGCAGCAUCUGUCACCAAAGACACCACACGCUCCUUCACAUUCAAGCAUUUCAGCCAAAAGCAACUAUGAACCAAAGGCAUCAAACAAACGUAUCCGAUGGGUUAGAGAACAUCGCGUCAACUUCUGCUCAAGCUCAGGCAAGACACGAUGCUUCCAAAGCAAACAAAGGACCAACCCAAAAUGUCCAAUCCUGCUUUGCUAAUACCAACAUAGGAAUUCUAUUAGGGACCGCCCGAGUCAAUAUAUAUUUUAAUAAUACAAAUUUUUCGGCCCGCGCUCUAAUAGAUUCCGGAUCGGAGUGCUCUUUCAUUACUGAAAGACUUAAGCGUAGGAUUAAUCUGCCCUCGAGGAGGAUACAAGCUCAAGUAUCUGGAAUAAAUAACACAGUCUCAGCUCAAGUAAAAGAGGCGUGUUUUAUACAACUGCGGUCACCAAUUGACCCACUGAUCAAUAUAGAUACCACCGUGUUAGUAUUACCACAAUUAACUGGAAAUCUACCGACUUGCCAAAUCGAUGCUAGGACUAAGCAAGCGUUUCCAGAGUUAGUUUUAGCAGACAAGAGAUUUUUUGUAAGUGAGCAAGUUGAUCUUGUCCUCGGUGGAGAUAUUUACGCACAAAUAAUGCUAGGCGGUAUAAGGAAAGACGUACUGGGAACUCUUCUUGCUCAGGAAACCGUCUUCGGCUGGAUUCUCACCGGUCAAACUGACACAAGUACCCCAGCGAAUAAGUGCGUAUCAUUUUUUAGCGAAAUAAAUUUAGACAAACGCUUAGCGUCCUUUUGGGAAUUGGAAGAUAUCCCAAGAAAUAAGACCUACAACAAAGAUGAAACCUAUUGCGAGGAACUUUAUAAAAGCACUACUAAACGGAAUAAAGCAGGCAAAUAUAUUGUGUCACUGCCGUUCAAACAGGAUUUUCCAACUAACGUACGAUUAGGUCCGUCACUUAAGAUCGCUUGCUCACAAUUUUUUCGAAGUGAAACGCGUUUAGCAAAGGAUCCACCUUUACAAUCAGAAUACAAUAGGGUCUUGUCUGAAUACGAGACAUUGGGCCACAUGACUCGGAUUCCUGAACAUAUUCCUGGAGACGAAUGUGAGAACUACUUCCUACCUCAUCAUGCUGUCAGGAAAGAGGAAAGCACUACCACCAAAGUGCGAGUAGUCUUUAACGCAUCGUGUCCGACUGCAAACGGAGUCAGUCUCAACGACAUCCUCCACCCAGGUCCAGUCCUGCAAAGUGACUUGACAAUUUUAAUAUUACGGUGGAGACUAUUUCAAUAUGUGUUUAACAGCGACAUCGAAAAGAUGUAUCGCCAAAUUUUAUUAAACCCUGAUCAAACCAAAUAUCAACGUAUUGUUUUCCGAAAAAGCUCAAGCGAACCAAUUAAUUUAUAUGAACUGAACACGGUUACCUUCGGUGUUAAUUGCGCACCUUACUUAGCAAUUAGAACCCUACUUCAAUUAGCUGACGAUGUAGAGAGUUUAUAUCCUGUAGCUUCAGAUAUAUUGAAAAAAUGUAUGUAUGUCGACGAUGUUUUAGCAGGAGGACAUACCAUCGAAUCUACCAUCAAAGCUAAAGACGAGGUAUCAAUGGUUUUACAAUCUGCUGGAUUCCCGCUACGAAAAUGGACAUCCAACUGCGAAAAAAUACUGGAAGGAUUACCCAAAUCACACCUUUUAAACGAAGAUUUUUUGGAUUUUGAGGACACCAGUACCGUCAAGGCGUUGGGCAUCAGAUGGAAUGCCCAUUCUGAUAAGUUUUAUUUUACUGCCAAGCCAUUGGAGACUGAGGUUCGCUUUACAAAAAGAGCAAUACUUUCGGCUAUUGCAAAAUUAUUUGACCCAUUAGGAUGGCUCGCGCCAUUUGUAGUUACAGCAAAAAUUAUAAUGCAAGACAUUUGGUUGGAAGGAACAGGUUGGGACGAAAUUGUCUCAACUGCAUCGUCCGAUCGUUGGCAAAACUUUGUAGAGAGCUACUGCCACAUCGACAAAAUUCGUAUUCCUCGUUGGGUAUACUUUUCUCCUACAGAUAAAAUAGAACUUCAUGGCUUCUGCGAUGCCUCAGAAAAGGCAUACGCAGCCACUAUUUUUCUUCGGGUUCAAAAAGCGGAAAAGGUAUUUGUCAAUCUUCUACUAUUUCGUUACCACGAUUGGAGCUGUGCGGUGCUGUUCUGCUUGCAGAACUUGUUGAAUCGAUCGUUAGCAAUCUCACUUUAGGCCAGUUUACCACACAUCUGUGGACAGAUUCGACUAUUGUCCUAGCCUGGAUUCGAAAACCUCCCUGCUCAUGGUCAACAUUUGUUGCCCAUCGCGUAACAAAAAUCAUUGAGAAAGUUGGAAGCCAAAAUUGGCUCCAUGUGGAUUCAGCAUCAAAUCCAUCAGAUUUAGCUAGCAGGGGUAUUAUUGCGCAAGAAUUGGUAGCCUCUUCCUUGUGGUGGGAGGGUCCUUCUUGGUUGCAAGAAGAAAGAACACAAUGGCCCACACAGGAAAAGGACUAUAAGACACAGUUAGAACAAAAAAGGGUACAGGUUCAUGCGACCACGGCAGUCGAUAUUAGUAAUGAUAUUCUUGAAAGAUUUUCCGAUCUACCGAGAGCUUUGAGAGUUCUAUCAUACGUACUGAGAUUCUCCCAAAGAACUCGCCGUAACACUAGAGCUUCAUUUCAAGCGGAAUCUUGUUCGAUUUCAGCUGAUGAAAUCAAAGCAACGACUCAACGCUUAAUAAUUAUCUGCCAGAAGCAGCAUUAUGGUCAGGAGUACUCAUCACUGAGAUCGGCAAAAUUAAUAAGUCCAAAAAGUGAAAUCUUGUCCCUGAACCCAUACAUUGACAAGGAAAAUAUAAUUAGGACAGGUGGUCGCCUUGGAAAAUCUUUAGAUCUCGCUUAUAACGAGCGCCACCCAAUUAUCCUUCCAUAUAAUAGCAACUUGUCUCGUCUUAUAGUCCAGUUCGUUCACAAAGUAUCACUGCAUGGUGAGAAUCAGCUUAUGUUGCGCUUGAUUAGAACGCAAUAUUGGAUACCUCGAGUCCAGAAUAUGAUCAAAUCGACAAUUCACAACUGUAAGAUCUGUACGAUCUACCGAAAACGGUCGCAAACGCAGCUUAUGGGCAUUCUUCCUAAAGAACGCACCACAUUUUCACGCGCGUUUACUAACACAGGUGUCGACUUCACCGGACCUUUCGACAUAAAGAACUACAACGGACGAGGUUGCAGGGUGUCUAAGGGGUACGUAUGUCUGUUUGUGUGCUUUGCAACCAAGGCGAUCCAUUUGGAAGCCACCUCUGAUUUAAGCACACAAUCAUUCUUGGCAG